AUGCGAGCCACCCUGUCAUGUGUUGCUCUGCUGGCAGCGUUUGCUGAUGCACAGCAAUUGUACUUCACGACGGAUGGUUAUACUGAGCGUCCGCAGUGUACUAAACCGGCUGUCGUUCCUCGGUACCAUUUCCGGCCCUUUUCCUAUACCCUAAACGAGACCAUUCGCUAUGCUACUUCGGUAGCCGCACCAACCACGACCCGAACGUAUGCGCCACCUUAUUCGGAAGCCGUCAAGCACCUCACGACAAGUCCGGUGACUACGACAUGGGGUAACUGGCUGCCCAAUCAGACAGUAAUUACGGCUACAGACACAGAUGAUCCUUAUGGACAAGCCGCAUGGUCCUCGCUCUGGCAACAAGCCGAACUAGAGAACUACACGACUACCGGGCUGUAUUCUACCACAGUCAGUCCCACAGCGGUUCCAAGCAGUGAGCUAGCCCUACCGCCGCGGGACUACUUCGGACCAACUGAUUGCUAUAACUUCCCGGAUGACUUUAUCUUUGGCGUUGCAGGAAGCGCAGCUCAAGUGGAGGGUGCCAUGGGGUUGGAAGGACGUGGCCCUACCAUCCAGGAGAAGCUAGUGAAUGCUACUCAGCCAAAGAAUUAUGUGACAAACGAGAACUACUACCUCUACAAGCAAGACAUCCAACGAUUGGCUGCCAUGGGAGUUAAAUACUAUAGUUUCUCGAUCCCAUGGACUCGAAUCCUACCCUUCGUGUUGCCAGGUUCUCCCGUGAACGAACAGGGGAUCAAGCAUUAUGAUGACUUAAUCAACACCGUCCUUGAUGCCGGAAUGCAGCCUAUAGUCACCUUGCUUCAUUUUGACAGUCCCUUGAUGUUCGUGGGCAGCGACAACAGGUCCGCUCAUCCAGACAUUGGCUACUACAACGGUGGCUACCAGAACGAGACUUUCGUGGGCGCCUUCGUCAACUACGCGAAGAUUGUUCUCACUCACUACGCUGACCGCGUUCCGAUCUGGGUUACCUUCAAUGAGCCCUUUCUCUAUUCAUUCAACUUUGCUGGUGCCAAUAACGUGAUCGGUAUCAAAUUCAAUGACAAUUUCGGAGUUCCUCGCGAUCCAACCAACUCAAGCGACAUCAUCGCCGCCAACCGAUUCCAAGAAAUCCAGCUUGGCCUGUAUGCCAACCCCAUCUUCCUAGGCGAGCAGUACCCGGACUCUGUCCUGACAACUCUACCGGGUGCUAAGCCACUCAGCGACCAGGACCUCUCCUACAUAGGCAACACCUCAGACUUCUUCGGCGUCGACCCAUACACCGCGACGGUCGUCUCUCAGCCAGCCGGAGGUAUCGAGAGUUGCACAAAGAACCAAUCUACAGAGAACCCGUUAUUUCCUUCCUGUGUCAUACAAGAGACAAAGAACAUCUACGGUUGGAACAUCGGGUACCGCGCCCAAAGCUACGUGUACAUCACACCCACUUAUCUCAGGGCAUAUCUCAACUACCUCUGGAAUACCUUCCGGAAGCCCGUGUUCGUGACCGAGUUCGGGUUCCCUGUAUCCCAUGAGGCCGACCUGGAGUUGUCAGACCAGCUGUUCGACACGCCGCGCAGUAUCUACUAUCUAUCCUUCAUGUCGGAGAUUCUAAAGGCCAUCCACGAAGAUGGGGUGCAUGUUAUGGGCGCUUUGGCUUGGUCAUGGGCUGAUAACUGGGAGUUUGGCGAUUACAAGCAGCAAUUUGGGUUACAGGUGGUGAAUCGGACAACACAGCAGCGAUUUUUCAAGAAGAGCUGCUUUGAUUUGGUUGAUUUUGUGGGUGCGAGAUUGCCAUCUUCGUCAUGA